AAUUCCCCCAGCGAGGGAGGGAGGCCCCCGGCGGCCGGGAGGCUGCUAACCGCAGCGGGACUCGAGCGCACGCAGGGGCGCGGCGGCUCCGGAGCAAGCCGGGCUGCUGAGGCUGCCGUCGGGAGUGCGCAGCGCCCCGGGCCAGGCUCCAGCCUCGGGCGGGCACCCGAGGACACAGCUGGCUCAGGCCUGGGAGGGGCUCGGCGCCUGCAGCCCCCCACGCCCGGAGAAGGAUGCGGUGCUCCCUGAGAGUGCGGUAGCCUCGGAUCUCCGCGCUGCUUACGCGACGAUGGAUGAGCCAUGGUGGGAAGGGCGCGUCGCCUCGGACGUCCACUGCACCCUGCGCGAGAAGGAGCUGAAGCUGCCCACCUUCCGAGCCCACUCCCCACUCCUGAAGAGUCGCCGGUUCUUUGUCGACACCCUGACCCUGCUGAGCAGCCACUGCCAGCUCUGCCCUGCUGCCCGGCACCUGGCUGUCUACCUGCUGGACCACUUCAUGGAUCGCUACAACAUUGCCACCUCCAAGCAGCUGUACACUGUGGCUGUCUCCUGCCUCCUGCUCGCAAGUAAAUUUGAGGACAGGGAAGACCACGUGCCCAAGUUGGAGCAGAUAAACAGUACAAGGAUCCUGAGCAGCCAGAACUUCACCCUCACCAAGAAGGAGCUGCUGAGCACGGAGCUGCUGCUGCUGGAGGCCUUCAGCUGGAACCUCUGCCUGCCCACACCUGCCCACUUCCUGGACUACUACCUCUUGGCCUCCGUCAGCCAGAAGGACCACCACUGCCACGCCUGGCCCACCACCUGCCCCCGCAAGACCAAAGAGUGCCUCAAGGAAUAUGCCCACUACUUCCUAGAGGUCACCCUGCAAGAUCACAUAUUCUACAAGUUCCAGCCUUCCGUGGUUGCUGCUGCCUGCGUCGGGGCCUCCAGGAUCUGCCUGCAGCUUUCUCCCUACUGGACCAGAGACCUGCAGAGGGUCUCAAACUACUCCAUGGAACAUCUCAGCUCAUGCAUUGAAAUCCUGCUAGUAGCAUAUGACAACGUCCUCAAGGAUGCCGUCUCAGUCAAGAGCCAGGCUUUGGCCAUGGUGCCUGGCACACCCCCCACCUCCACCCAAGUGCUAUUCCAGCCGCCCCCCUACCCUGCCCUCAGCCAGCCAGUGACCACCCUGGCACAGUUCCAGGCCCCAGUGCAGGACCUGUGCUUGGCCUAUCGGGACUCACUGCAGACCCACUGUUCAGGCAGCCUGCUCUCAGGGGGCACCAGCUCAUCUCUCCACACCCCAUAUCCUACCCUCCAACCUCUGGAUGUGUGUCCCGUGCCUGUCCCUGCAUCCCUGAGCAUGCAGAUGGCCAUUGCAGCUGAGCCCAGGCACUGCCUCGCCACCACCUACGGAAGCAGCUACUUCCCUGGGAACCACCUGUUCCGCACGGGCUGUUUUGACAGAUAGGCCACCUCUGGACCCUUGAAGAGGACAUUGACGAGGAGAGUUCAGCCAAGUGAGGCCCUGGGAGGCUCUGCCCAAAGAGCCUCGUUGCCCGUGAACAUGGAGAGUUCAUACUGCUUUUGAAUCAAACUGACCCAGAGCAAAACAUUCAAUGACAUACCUCACCCAAGAGCAUUCCUCUGAAAGACGUCUUCCACAUGUGGCAGGGGGACAAAGAGAUGGCUCAGUGGCUGUCCCCUCAAGCAGGGACCCAGUGAAUCAAGAAAGACUUGGUAAGAGGCCAGGAGAUGGGGAACUGGACACAGAACACUAGUCCACAAGUGUGUCUGGUUCUUCCC